AUGGUGCUCGCGGCGGUUGGGAACAUCGAAAUCAGCUCGUUGCAUUUGAUCGCGGGCGGCUGUUCGGUUCAUGGAUGGCCUAGUGGGCACGCGCGGGAUUCGGAGGACGCGAUCGAGUUCUCGAGGAAGCAGGGCGUCAAGUGCCUGAUUGAGAAGUUCCCAUUGAGCGAGGCGCCUGAAGCGGUGGAGCGUAUGAUGUCGAAUAAGGUGCGCUUUAGGAGCGUGCUGGUCAUGGAGUGA